AUGACCUUUCAAAAAAAAAUAACUGCCGCAGUUGUUGUUCCUCCGGAUGGCGUGAGGGGCAACACGGGUUGGACCGCGAAGGAUAGCCUAUGCGGGGCCAGCUGGGGGUAUGUUAGGAGCAGACGGCUUUGCGAUCCGAGUAGAACCGCUGGAAAGUUGCCAGGUAAACGUGGUGGUUACCAAUGCAGCAAUAAUCGGAGUUUGACAGCUUGCAGCAACCAUUGGCCGCCUUCAAAAUCAGCGGACUCCUGUCGGCUCCCGGCCCCAGGCGCGCGGUCGAUCGACGCGGAUUUCAUGUUUUUUCCAGCCUCGACAUUUGUUGACAUGUCGCUUCUUGAACAGUCGUUGGACGAGAUUAUUAACAGCGGACCGGGCGGUUCGCGGAAGAGCCACAGUAGGCCCCGGCAGAGGGCUCAUCGAGGAGUGUCCAAGGCGCACGGAAAGCCCUCCAGGGGCGGCAGAAGACCGCACAGACCGUCGGCUCCUCUUCCUCGCAGCAAGGAAGCGGAGGAGCUCAGCGGCGGACGACCAUAUUUGCGCGUGUCGCAUCUCCACCCGGAGCUGACCGAGAAAGACCUGGAGGGCCUUUUUUCCAGCAUCGGAGACCUGCUUUUCACAAAGAUAGAAUACAACACCAGAGGCGAGUCUACGGGGGUUGCCUUCGUAGGGUACCAGAACCCUGCCGACUGCGAGGUUGCGAUAGAGCGGUUUGACGGGCGCAGGGCCGCGGGCCAGAUUAUCAGCGUGGAGAACGCGAUUCCGCUGUCGCAGCGGAUUAGCGUGUCCAAACGCGGAAAGAAGGCGAGAAGUCGCGACAGAGAGCCCAAACCGCGUCGCAAGACCGUCGAGGAGCUGGACGCGGAGCUGAACAGCUACAUGGGCGCUCCUGCGACAGAGGCGCCAGCAGCGGCGGAACAGCCGAGCGAGACGGGUGAGAUCGGCGACAGCAAUCCUGCGUUUGCGGCUACAGACAUGAUGGUCGAAUAA